GAUGACCAGAGACUGCGGACACAGUACAGGAGAUGACCAGAGACUGCGGACAGUACAGGAGAUGACCAGAGACUGCGGAGCACAGGAGAUGACCAGAGACUGCGGACACACAGGAGAUGACCAGAGACUGCGGAGUACAGGAGAUGACCAGAGACUGCGGACACAGUACAGGAGAUGACCAGAGACUGCAGACAUAGUACAGGAGAUGACCAGAGACUGACACAGUACAGGAGAUGACCAGAGACUGCAGACAUAGUACAGGAGAUGACCAGAGACUGCGGACAGUACAGGAGAUGACCAGAGACUGCGGACA